AUGCCUUCAAGAAAACCUAGCAAGUACGGAAACAAAUUUCGAUCAGGCGCCGCAUCCUCGAACCCGAAACGGACAAAGACUGUCGAAUUCUCCUCUCUCCGGUCGACAGAAGCAACCUCCCAAGAUGAGAAAUUCGAGGCGAUUCGGCUGGCCAACAGCAUCGACGAGAACCUGGGCUUCCCGCGGUUUGAGUCUGGUGAAAAGAGAGUCGGCUGGCUCAUCAACAUGCAUAGCACCUCGAUAGAAGAUCCAAACGUCCCCGGAGGCCGUGCUGGUGUGGAUUUUUAUUUCCUUGAGGAUGGGGGUGGAAGUUUCAAAGCAACCGUUGAAUAUGAUCCGUACUUUCUCAUCGCCGUGAAGAAAGGCCGCGAACAAGAAGUCGAGGAAUGGUGCAGAAGGAUGUUCGAAGGACUUGUGAAGAAAGUCAAAAGAGUCGAGAGGGAGGACCUCAAUUUGCCAAACCAUUUGCUUGGGCUUCGGAGGACAUUUCUGCAACUGAACUUUGCCAACGUGAGCCAUUUGCUGGAAGUUCGGAGGACCCUGCUGCCACUCGCGGAAAAGAAUAAAAAAACCGUCAAUGUGAUGGAUACUUACGCUGAGAUGUCCAGCAUGAACGCUGGAUUUGAUCUCUUUGAUGACGAAUUAAUUAAUGAGCCACGAUCUAACGGCAAUAUGAAUGCAAGCGAUUUUAUUAUUGAUAUUCGAGAAUAUGAUGUCCCUUACCAUGUCAGAGUGUCAAUUGACAAAGAUAUCCGUAUAGGGAAAUGGUACACUGUAGACGCAAAGCACGGCGUCAUUUCAUUGUCUUGCAUAGAGGAACGACUGCAGCGUGCCGAUCCUGUUGUACUUGCGUUCGAUAUUGAAACGACAAAACUACCGCUCAAGUUUCCGGAUUCUGUCAUUGACCAGAUUAUGAUGAUUUCGUAUAUGAUUGAUGGCCAAGGUUUCUUGAUCACAAAUCGUGAGAUAGUCUCCGAAGAUAUCAGCGAUUUCGAGUAUACACCAAAGCCUGAGUACAGUGGACCGUUUAUGAUUUUCAACGAGCCUAAUGAAAGAGGUGUUUUGGAGCGGUUUUUCGAGCACAUCAAAGAGGCCAAACCAACGGUCAUUGCCACAUAUAACGGUGACUUUUUCGAUUGGCCUUUCGUUGAGGCCAGAGCAAGUGUCCUGGGAAUCGACAUGUACACCGAAAUUGGGUUUCGAAAGAACAGCGAAGACAUUUACCAAAGUGACAACUGCGUACAUAUGGAUUGUUUCGCUUGGGUCAACCGUGACAGUUACCUUCCCCAAGGAAGUCGUGGUUUAAAAGCUGUUACAGUCGCAAAACUUGGCUACGACCCCGACGAACUCGACCCCGAACUCAUGACACCGUAUGCAAGUGAACGCCCACAGACUCUCGCUGAAUACUCCGUUUCAGAUGCUGUCGCCACAUAUUACUUGUAUAUGAAAUAUGUACACCCUUUCAUCUUCUCGCUAUGCACGAUUCUCCCUAUUAAUCCCGAUGACACACUGCGGAAAGGAACCGGAACACUCUGUGAGAUGCUUCUGAUGGUGCAAGCAUACAAAGGAGAGAUCAUCCUGCCGAACAAACACAAAGAUCCUACAGAAGCCUUCUAUGAGGGUCACCUGCUUGAAUCGGAGACUUAUGUUGGUGGUCACGUCGAGAGUAUAGAAGCUGGUGUAUUCCGCAGUGAUAUCCCCGUUACUUUCAAUGUCGAUCCUACUGCCAUCGACGAGCUUGUGAGAGAUCUUGAUGCAGCUUUGAAAUUCAGUAUCGAGGUUGAAGAAAAGAAGUCAAUGGACGAUGUCGUUAACUACGAUGAAGUAAAGGGCCAGAUCGCAAAGAACUUACUCGACCUAAAGGAGAGACCCCACAGGGACGAGGUGCCUUUUAUCUACCAUUUGGACGUCGCAUCCAUGUAUCCGAACAUCAUGAUUACGAAUCGAUUGCAGCCGGACUCAAUGAUUCAAGAGUCGAACUGCGCCUCCUGUGAUUUCAACCGACCCGGGAAAACAUGCGACAGACGAAUGCCAUGGGCAUGGCGAGGUGAAUUCCUUCCUGCCAAGCGUGACGAAUACAAUAUGAUUCGGCAAGCAGUUGCAAAUGAACGUUUUCCUGGAAAGACGAAGCUCAGCCCGAUGAGGGCAUUCGCUGAUAUGAGUAUCGAGGAACAAGCCUCUAUUGUCAAGAAAAGACUUCAAGAUUACAGUAAGAAGAUCUACCACAAAAUUCACGACAGCAAGACAAUGGAGCGGGAAGCCAUUAUCUGUCAGCGAGAGAAUCCAUUCUAUGUCGAUACCGUGCGAGAUUUCCGAGAUCGACGAUAUGAUUUCAAGGGAAAGCAGAAAGUCUGGAAAAACAAGACCGACUCCCUCAAGUCAUCAGGUGCUCCUGCAGGAGAGGUUGACGAAGCGAAGAAAAUGAUCGUCCUUUAUGACUCUCUUCAACUUGCCCAUAAGGUCAUUCUGAACAGUUUCUACGGUUACGUUAUGAGAAAGGGAUCUCGAUGGUACUCCAUGGAGAUGGCGGGAGUUACAUGUCUUACAGGUGCACACAUCAUUCAAAUGGCGAGAGAGCUCGUCGACCGCAUUGGUCGCCCCCUGGAACUCGAUACCGACGGUAUCUGGUGUAUGCUUCCUGGGAGUUUCCCUGAAAACUUUUCAUUUACGUUGAAAAAUGGCAAGAAGCUUGGGAUUUCAUACCCUUGUGUUAUGCUGAACCAUCUUGUUCACGGAAAGUACACAAACCACCAAUACCAGACCCUUGUCGACCCGGAAAGAUUCAAGUACAAUGUGUAUAGCGAGAACUCCAUUUUCUUCGAAGUCGAUGGACCUUACAGGGCAAUGAUCUUGCCCACUUCUAAGGAGGAAGACAAGAACUUGAAGAAGCGUUAUGCCGUCUUUAACCAUGAUGGCUCUCUGGCUGAACUGAAAGGAUUCGAAGUCAAGCGAAGAGGAGAGUUGAAAUUGAUCAAGAUUUUCCAGACUCAAAUCUUCCGAUUCUUCUUGGAAGGCACGACUCUCGAAGAAACGUAUGCCGCCGUGGCCCGUGUGGCUGACAGAUGGCUGGACGUACUUUACGAGCAUGGAUCGACUCUGGCUGAUGAGGAGCUAAUCGACUUGAUUUCCGAGAACAGGAGUAUGACAAAGACUCUUGAGGAAUAUGGAAAUCAGAAAUCAACUUCAAUCACAACCGCCAGACGAUUGGCAGAAUUCUUGGGCGAGCAAAUGGUCAAGGACAAGGGUCUCAACUGUAAAUACAUUAUAUCUUCAAGGCCAAGGAACACACCUGUCACCGAGAGAGCCAUUCCAGUGACUAUCUUCUCCGCCGAGGAGAAUGUUAAACGGUACUUCUUGCGGAAGUGGCUGAAAGAAGAUCCCGGUGACAUGGACCCUCGAACUGUGAUCGAUUGGGACUACUACCUCGAGCGAUUGGGAUCCGUUGUACAGAAGCUGAUUACAAUCCCGGCUGCUCUUCAGAAGAUCCGCAAUCCGUGCCCCAGAGUGGCCCAUCCAGACUGGUUGCAGCGACGGAUCAACACCAAGGAUGAUAAGUUCAAACAAAAGAAGAUGACAGAUCUCUUUGGCAAGUCGGAGAAGAAUCCGUUGUCUGAUCUAUCAACAAACAUUCUCGAGCAUCGUGUGCAACAUGCUGGUGAUAUGGACGAGGCGAUCGCAGGAUCAACACAGAAACUGAUAUCAUCGCCUAAUAACAAGACUUCACAGAAGAGAAAACUCCCCGAAGGCCUCCCCAAAACCUCGCUUGAUCCUUUUGCGAGUCUACCCGCCAAAAUGCCAUCAAUGACCGAAGAUUAUGAAGGAUUUUUGAAGUACCAGAAGCAAAAGUGGAAGAUCCAGAAACAGGCUCGUGUCCGCCGGCGACAACUUUUCGGAGAGAGGACCAACGUCACUACUGACUCCCUGAGUAAUUUCUUCAGAAACCAAGCCGAACUUCUGUACAUCAAUACCUGGCAAGUUAUACAGCUUUGUGAGACCAGCAGACCCGGAAUCGUGCGAGCCUUUGUUUUGAUCGACCAAAAGAUUCAUGCUCUUACAGUCAAGGUCCCAAGGCAGUUCUUUAUUAACUUGAAGCAAGACUCGCUGCCCGAUGUCGACGUUCCAGACUGCGAAGUCGAAAAGGUCAACCACACACUGCCAAACGGACAUCCUUCAGUCCACCUAUUCCAAUUGUCUCUGUCUGAGGAUACCUUCUUGCAGGAAGCAGAAAAGAUCGAUACUCUCCUGCAACACCCUAGUAUUGAGGGUGUCUAUGAAAAGAGUAUACCAUUGAGUGUACGGGCUGUCAUGAAACUGGGCAGUAUAUGUACUUUUGACGAAGGGCAGCGAGGAGUUCUUGGUGAGGGUUUGGAUAAAGGGUUCGAUCUAUCUGUACUACACCGCACGACAUCUGAGCAGCCCUAUUUGACAAACUCGGGGCUGGUCUACCAUUAUCUGUACCAUGUUGUUUCUGGAGACAGACAAAUAUUUGCGAUUUUCUCGACUGCGAAGAGCGAAGCACACAUUGUCAUUCUGAACCGUACAAGAGAUGUCCAGGGACUACCUAAUGUUGACAAGAUCUAUUUGGAACUCCUUGGCCGCAGGAUGCAAGCCAUGGCAGGGGACCAGUCACAAACUGCGUUUGAGUAUCAGGACAAAAUUCAUUUCAAAACCACCCAGGUGAUGACUAGAAGGAAAGCUCAUUUGGAGGUUGGUGACUUGAUCAAGAAACUAAGAAGCGAAGAAAACCAGCCUGCCAUGCUGGUGAUACAGUCUCAGCAAAGACACCGACUGUGCCAUGAUAUUCCGGUAUUGAACGAGUACCCAAUUCUGCCAGUCAAACCCGAAGUGUCCGAUAUGGAUCUUCCACCUCUCGGCUGGCAGUCCUUCAUCGCGAAGCGGAUUGUUACACACUACUUGUAUCUCGCAUCUUGGAUUCAGCAUAUGAUGCUGUUAGCAAGAUAUGGCGAUGUCCCUCUCUGCAACUUGGAGAGUGAUGACCCACGAUACCUCAUUGACAUAUCAUACGCACGACGACUCCAGCAGAGUAACGUUGUCCUUUGGUGGUCUUCUGGCCCACGGCCCGAUCACGCAGGGUAUGAGAAAGAUGACAUUACAGGUCCUUUGGAGAAGGUGGGCAUGCCGUCAGUCAAUGCACCGAACGCUUAUACCACUGUGUGUAUUGAACUGGAGGUUCGUAAUCUUGCCAUCAACACCAUUCUGACAUCGUCCAUUAUCAAUGAAAUGGAGGGUGCCGAUACGCUUUUGGCACCGUCAGAACCUUCAGUAGAAGCUGGAGGCUCGGGCGUUCUUUACUCAGAGAAAGCGUUUGCCUCUGCUGGUGCCAUUGUCCUGCGGGAGAUGGUGAAGCACUGGUGGACAGAAGCCUGCGAAGGAAACAACAUGGCCGAUAUCAUGGUACAGCAUCUAAUCCGAUGGGUCGAAAGUCCAUCUUCAUGUCUUUAUGAUCGAUCUUUACACCACUACGUGCGGAUGUUGUCGAGGAAAUCCUUCCAGCGACUGAUGGCAGAAUUCAGGCGUGUCGGAUCGAAUAUCAUCUUUGCAAGCUCCACCCGCCUCCUUCUUCAAACAAGCAAGACUGAGGUAGGAAACGCAUACGCCUACAGUCAAUAUGUGUUGAAGUCGAUUCGGGCCAACGCAUCAUUCCACUUCAUUGAUCUUGAGAUCAAGGAGUACUGGGAUUACUUGGUGUGGUAUGACGAGUACAACUACGGAGGCAAAGGGUGCCGGGAAGUCGUUGAAUCGGAUGAUCAGGAGCUGGAAACCGUCAUGCAUUGGCAACUCGGCCGUUUUCUGCCAGUGCCCAUGCAGACCGUCUUCCACGACUGGGUGGUUGAAUAUGUCGAACUGAUGCACGGUCUCAAGCACCCCGAUGGUGAGCUUUCGUCGACUCCUCGGUUGACACAGAUUCCUAUCGGACGCCCCAGUGAUGCGGAGAGCGAUGAAAUCACGUCCGUAUUAACAGAACGCUUCUCGAAGCCACUGAAGAAGCAAAUUUCUGGGCUCAUCCGCCGUCAGCGUGACGAAAUGUUGCACCCGGAACUAGCGUCCGACUACGCUUUCCCAGUCCUACCCGGAGUCCUGGUUGAUCCCAAGAAUGACAAACGUAACCCCGUGCUGGAGCUUGUCAAGCUCCUCAUGCAAGUCUUGAGUCUAUCCAAGAUGACGACUUUGGAGUCCCGACUUCUCCGUCGGGAAUUGCUGGCACUGUUCGAAGUCCGCGAAUUCAGCAAAGAAGGUCGAUUUGAAAACCCCAGCGCAAGUCUGAAGCUUCCAGAACUGACAUGUAACGCUUGCUGUCUAAUCCGAGACUUGGAUCUUUGCAGGGAUGAAGAUGUUCUCCCAGACCCAGGAUCGGAUCCAAGCAAAGCAUCAGCCAAGCCCUGGCGCUGUCCUUUCUGCCAGAGCGAGUAUGAUCGCUUGGCUCAGGAAGAGGUUCUCAUCGGUCAGGUGCACGGCAUGAUUGCCGGGUGGCAGACUCAGGAUCUGAAGUGUUCCAAGUGUGGCGGACUCAAGAUCAGUGAUUUUAUGGAACACUGCUCGUGCAGUGGUGUGUGGGUUGAAACCAUGGACAAGCGGGACGUGGAAAAGAAGCUGCGUGUCCUGGAAAGCGUGGCCAAGUUCCACGGUCUCAAACUACUGGAGGGCGUUGUUGAAGGAGUGCUUGGUCACAUGUAA